CUGGAGCCCUCUGGGGACAACAUCACCCGGAACGAAGGGGCUAAGACUGAGAUCCAGGUGUGUGAUGCUUCUCAAGAGGUAGGACCAUCAGAGCAGGAGGGCAGAAAUCCUCCAGAGGGACGGACGGAGGACACAGGAAUGGAAAGUGUGUGUCAGAGAGUGGAAAAAGAAGAGAAAGUGCAGAGGGUUGAUACCUCAACAGGUAGCAAAGAAGCUACCGAAGAAGUCCACAACCACAGCAAACAGGCAAACACAAAGCAAAAGAAGUGCCCACUGUCCAACGGAAACCAGAAGAAGAGCCUGCAGACCAAAGGAAACCAGAACAAGAGCCUGCAGACCAAAAGAAAGAAGAAGAAGAGCCUGCAGACCAAAGGAAACCAGAACAAGAGCCUGCAGACCAAAAGAAAGUAG